GAGAGGAGAGGAGAGGAGAGGUGGCAGACUGUAACCCAGCUUCACUGAUGAAGUGCUGUUUAGUGAGGAAAUGAUUCAAAAGUACGCGCGCAUGGGAAAAUCCAGGGAAAAGUUUACCCUAAUUUUCUGAAUUGGACCUUAUCAUCAUCAUCAUCAGCAGCAGCAGCGGCAGCAGCAGCUUUAUUAUCCUUGCAGUUAUUAUAUCUUUAUCUCUGACAAUGACUCGUCCUGCCGUUUUGCUUCUGUGCGUCUUUUCCAACAUCUGCGUUACCGUGAAAGCGAUGCACAGCCAGGGGGACAGGGAGACACGCUUUCUCUGCACGGUGAUUCCUGUGGACGAGGACCCGAGCUGUCCCGUCCAGACGGACUUCAUUCAGAAUAUCCAGAGUGAAGGACUGAAGAAGACAGUGAUGCAGCUCAGGGAGACUGUUCUCCACCAACAAGAGACAAUAACCCAUCAGCUGGGUACCAUCAAAGAUCUGACAUCCAAACUGUCUCAAUGUGAGACCACCGCUGAAGAGUCCUCAUCCUGGAGGAAUGGCAAGGAAGACACCAUGGAUGAUGUCCCGAGAGAUCCAAAUGAAACUCUGGAUGCGCUGGGGAAGACCAUGCAGAGUCUAAAGGACAGACUUCAAAACCUGGAGCAACAGCAGAUGCGAGCCAGCCUCUCUGGAGCUCCAUUUCCCAGCGAGUUACGAGAACUGCUGCAACGUAGGCUGGGAGAUCUAGAGAGCCAGCUCCUGAGCAAAGUCAAUGAGUUGGAGGAAGAGAAAUCACAGCUGUAUAACGAGACAGCUGUUCAUCGUCAGCAAACAGAAAACACCCUUAACACCCUUAUUAACCGAAUCUCUGACCUAGAGAAAGCAGGUACAGGAUUCAAGUCCCCUGAGGAUUUUAAACUCUCCCUACCCCUGCGCACAAACUACCUUUUUGGCAGAGUGAAAAAGAGCCUGCCAGAAAUGUAUGCAUUUACUGUGUGCAUGUGGCUCAAGUCCAGUGCCAGUCCUGGCAUUGGGACCCCUUUUUCAUAUGGUGUCCCUGGGCAGGCAAACGAGAUUGUACUGAUUGAAUGGGGCAACAAUCCAAUAGAGCUACUCAUCAAUGACAAGGUCGCACAGUUACCUCUGUCUGUGAAUGAUGGAAGAUGGCACCAUAUCUGCAUUACAUGGACUACAAGAGAUGGUUUGUGGGAGACUUACCAGGAUGGUCAGAAACUAGGAUCAGGGGAAAACCUGGCCCCAUGGCACCCCAUUAAACCUGAUGGAGUCCUUAUUCUGGGCCAGGAACAGGACGUGGUUGGGGGCCGCUUUGAUGCCACGCAGGCCUUUGUCGGUGAGCUGAGUCACUUCAACAUGUGGGACCGGGUUCUCCGACAUGUGGACAUAAGCACCAUGGCAAACUGUUCCUCAUACGUGCCUGGGAAUGUGGUGGCCUGGUCUGACAGCAACAUCGAGGUGUUCGGUGGUGCAUCUAAAGAGCCACUUGAGUUAUGUGAAGAUCGUCUUUUUGACAAUUAAGUCCUCAGAUCCGUCUCCUUGUGCUUUGUGAUUCUGUUGCAUAAUGCAGUAUGUAUUUUGUCUUUUUUUUGUAUUUUAUGUUACAGCAUAUGUAUG